AUGUACAGGUUCAUUUGCUUAUUAUUGCUUACUCCAGGAAUCGGUAAUGCACUUAAAAUUAGCAAAGGAGGGACAAACCGUGGUUCAAGUGCAGCAAGAUUGAAUCCACCUCGAUUAAGUAGUCAUUCGUUACCUGGAGGUUAUCAACCACAGCGAGGUGCUUAUCAACCACAGCCAGGUGCUUAUCAACCACAGCCAGGUGCUUAUCACCCAGAGCCAGGUGCUUAUCAUUCACAGCAGAGUGGUUAUCGCUCGCAACAAAAUGAAUACCAUAGACCAGCAUCCGGAGAUUAUCAUCCCAGUCAAGCUGGUGGUUAUCAUCAGCAGGGUGGUUUUGCACCCAACCAGAUGAAGCCGUCCGGCAGAGGAACAUUUGGGAAAGCAGUUCUUGGUGGUGCGCUUGGAGCUGCUGCAGGUCUAGCAACUUUUGAAUUGGGAAAGGCAAUCCUCCGUUCUGCUUCUGAACCUCUGAGAGCAUCAAACGGUCAGAAUUACUAUUUUGAUGAGCAGAAUCAUCAGUCCAAGAAUGGCUAUUUCAUGUGUUCGAUGCUGAUAAAUGACGUGGUGAAAACGUUGCAGGGAAGUUCAACUCCAGUGCCAACUACUGAUGAAUCUAUAAACUCAACCGCUAUGUCGCCAGAGCAGUUCUUUAAAACAGUACAGUUCAAAGAUGGUUCAAGGCCGAAGUCAUUGACUUGGAACUGUAAAACUGGUACUGAGAUAUGCUGUGGUACAGACUGUUGUCCAAUACAACAGCAGUUUAUAGGUGGUGGUAAUUUCUCUCAUCGGAGCAGACCGUCGUGGGUUGUUUUCGUUAGGAGUCUUUUAGGCGGAGGAUUUCAACUGAAUGAUGCCACUCGCUAA